GAUUGGUUGUAUUAUUUGGAUAACAACAUGAUCACAAAUUUCGAUUCUAAUGAAAUAUCAAAUUUAGCGAGAUAUUCAACUUGACUUUCAAUAAUUGCUGCUUGUACUUGAUAUGGAGUUUUCAUUCAAUGUUGGGAAACUGUUUCCUAACGAGAUAACGGUUAUUGAUGCUAAUUUAUCACAUUUAAAAAAUGUCGGAAAUUUUCAGGAACUAAAAAACCAAUUAAGGUCCGUGGUGGAUAAGCUAGGAGAGGCAUCUGCAAAAGCACAGGGCUUGCUUGGAUCAAUCACAUCUCUUUCAAAAUUAUCUUUCUCUUCACACAAAAUCUAUUUGUUAAAAGAUCCACAGAAAAAGAACAUCGUGAUUGGUUUUAUUAAAGUUGGUUCUAAGAAAUUGUUUUUUUACGAUAUCCGUGGAAUUCAAAUUGAAAACGAUCCUCUAUGCGUUCUAGACUUUUAUGUUCAUGAAUCAGUUCAAAGAAAGGGAUGUGGAAAAAAACUAUUUGAGUUUAUGCUUAGUUACGAGAAUAUUCAAGCUGAAAAAUUGGCGAUUGAUAAACCUUCUCAUAAAUUUUUGAAUUUCUUGAAUAAACACUACGGAUUGUGCAACAUUGUACCUCAGCUGAACAAUUUUGUGGUAUUUGUUCAAUAUUUCAGGGAUAGAAAUGCUGAUUCAAGUAAAAGAUCAACGAAACUAAUCAACUCUGGCGAUUGUUCUACUUAUAAUAAGAGAAACGUUAUACCUAGUCAUGAUAGGCAAAAAACUGAUAAUAUAUAUACAAGAGAACAAAGAACAGCUUCCCUUCCUCCUAUUGGAAGACCAGAAAGUGGUAGAAAUAGAGACGUAGACUUGCGUAAGGAAGUAACCCCGACGGUUAAUCAAUUUAACCAAAGAGCUUUGAAUUCCGAAACAAAAAUAGAAGUAUCUAAUCUCCCAAAAAAUAAUUAUUCUCCUCCAAUGCUCAGGAGAGAUGGACCUUCAAAAGACUACAUGGAUUUAUUAGGAAGAUAUAAGCCAAUUCAGGACAAGGAAUAUUUACAUAGUACUAAUGCGACACCUAUUAACAACGUGCAUAAACCAGAAAUAACUAGACAAAAGCCACAAGUUGACUUAGGUACUGGAUGGAAUAUAUUCGGAGUUCCUAGCGCUAAUCAAGCUGAUCACAGAAAAUAUAGACGACAAACUAAACUAUGGUAG